AUGAUUGGCUACGCUCGAAGCGACACGAUGGGCCAUGACUGUUGGGAUCAGGUUGCUUCCAGUUACAUUGCAAGUAAAAAGAACGGAAAGCUUAUCGAAGAGGAAGAAAAUUGCGAAAGAAUGCGAGCUGGUGCGGAUACAGUUAAUUUCGGAUGUUGUGCUCUGAGCCCAAACGCGUAUGUCAUUGUUGCCUCUGUUAUAAUCCUUUUAUUAGGAAUUCUGAUGGUUCUUGAUUAUCCUGGUUCAUGGUAUAUGCUUGUCGUUGCGGUUAUCAUACUUGCACUAGCGAUAGUUGGGUUUCGGACCAACAAGCCACUUGUGUAUCUUAUUUUGGGUAUUAUUGUGAUCGUUCUUGCUAUACUCGGAGUUAUACACACAGUUCUGUUCAUUCUAAACAAUGGAUUCACUCUUAUUCCGAUCAUCAACAUAGUGUUGAACAUUAUUUUUAUCAUCUUUCUAGUCCAUUUGGCUUAUGUCGCAUUUUCACUUCGAGGCUGA